AGCCGUAAAGCACGUCUCUGCACGCCGGCUGAGGAAGCGGUGGGCUGGCGAGCCGGAGAGCGUGGUAGUCGGAUCUCCGCUCAGACUAGGCCUGGCAGAGGGCAUAACCUAAUGUGGGCGGCCUGACAGACUGACCGAGGAGACCGCCAUCGCUCGUGGACCUUCCCACUGUGAGUGACUAGAUCUCCGUGUGCCUCGGCCUCGGCGGCACUCUCGCCUUUCCGCCUCUCCCGCGCUCCUUAACCAGAAUCCGACCCGCGUGUGACCAUGUUUAAGAAAUUUGACGAAAAAGAAAACGUGUCCAACUGCAUCCAGCUGAAGACGUCAGUCAUCAAAGGCAUCAAGAACCAGUUGCUCGAUCAGUUCCCGGGCAUCGAGCCGUGGCUCAACCAGAUCAUGCCUAAGAAGGACCCGGUCAAGAUCGUGCGCUGCCAUGAGCACAUCGAGAUCCUCACAGUCAACGGGGAGCUGCUCUUCUUCCGACAGCGGGAGGGCCCCUUCUACCCGACUCUGCGGCUGCUACACAAAUACCCCUUCAUUCUGCCGCACCAGCGAGUAGAUAAAGGCGCCAUCAAAUUCGUACUCAGCGGGGCGAACAUCAUGUGUCCCGGCCUUACCUCUCCGGGGGCCCAGCUGUACCCCGCGGCCGCGGACACGGUAGUGGCCAUCAUGGCUGAGGGCAAGCAGCACGCCCUCUGCGUGGGAGUCAUGAAGAUGUCUGCGGAAGACAUCGAGAGAGUCAACAAAGGGAUUGGUAUUGAAAAUAUUCAUUAUUUAAAUGAUGGCCUUUGGCACAUGAAGACGUAUAAGUAAGCUGCCAGGGAGAUGUACUUAGCCUGAACCUUAUACGUUCUUCUCUUACCAGUGACUCAAGUAAAAAUUAAUGUUCUAUGUCUUUAUUGAAUAAAUUAGAUGCUUAAAAAAUUAAUAAAUAAGAUCUGUUAAUACAGCAGAAGAAUACCUGUAUUUUAAUCCUUCCUGGUUGGCUAAGAAAUGUUAUAGAAUCAAGGAGAGCUAUGAGGGGCUGUUGCAGAUCAUACAGGUCACGACUUUUUUCAUAUGAGAAAAGUGAGGCUCUGAAAGAAUGUGCCUUGCCUAGAAUUACACAAAUACUCUCUGUGGCAGUUUGAUGGGGAAGUUGUGUGACUGACCCUGGGUAAAUCACUUGUCUGUCUGCCUCCAUUUCUUCAUCUGAACAACAGGGAUGAUAAGCAGAGGGUUGUCUGUGAAGAUGAAAUGGGAUAACUUUGCAGCUUUGCCAACCUUAAAGUGCUGUUUUAUUUCCGCCCGUGGAAAGAGUGAAGAUCUUGCCCUCUGACUCUAAAUCCAGUGUUCCUUUUAUUGCAACAAGCUGUUUACCUUGUAAUUCAUUUUUUACCGUAGAGAUAAAAGUUAAUGUUUCUGAUGUCAAAUCUGAAUUUUGAAUUUAAUUAUUACUGAUAAAAUAUGAAUUUGCUCUCAAGUA